AUGCUGGCACGAAAAUCUGUGCUGGGAAAGCCCGCCUUCGUCUGUCGGAGCUGUGUACGACAAUAUCAGUAUCAGCUGCGCCGGGCUUCCACUUCGGCACAGGACAAUAUCUAUGAUGUUGUAUGUGUUGGCGGUGGGCCAGCCGGCUUGAGCUUACUGACAGCUCUUCGGGCUAAUCCUUUGACGGCCGGUCUCCGAGUUGCCCUCAUCGAAGCCCAGGACCUUUCCAAAACCAAGUCGUUCUCACUCCCUUUGACCCAAUUCUCCAACCGAUGCAGUUCUCUUACCCCUGCAUCGGCUCAAUACCUCGACAAAAUCGGCGCAUGGCGACAUUUACAGCGUGAACGUGUGCAGGACUACCAGGAGAUGCAAGUUUGGGAUGGAGUGACAGGUGCCCGUAUAGAGUUCGACUGGCCACCCAGUACGACCGGGGACAAGACAAUUGCCUACAUGGCUGAAAAUCUGAAUUUAACAUCUGGCCUGCUCAAGAGAUUGCAAGAGCUCGGCGGAGUGGACGUCUUUGACAAAACGAAAGUGGAGGGUAUUGAACUGGGCAAGGAGACCGAAGAAUUGGAUUUGAGCGAAUGGCCAGUCGUGCAGCUCUCGAGUGGCCAAUCGCUGGCAGCACGACUCCUUGUAGGCGCAGAUGGGGCAAACAGUCCAGUACGCACAUUCGCCGGUAUCAACAGCCGCGGAUGGGACUAUGGUAGACACGGCCUUGUCGCAACGCUCGAGCUCGAAGGCGAGGGCUGGGGCGGCCAGUUCAACAAGAUUGCGUACCAGCGAUUCUUGCCUACGGGCCCUGUUGCAAUGCUCCCUAUGCCUGGCAAAUACGCUACGUUGGUCUGGUCUACUACACCUGAGAAGGCCGCCUUGCUCAAGAGUCUGAGCCCCAAGGACUUCAUCGCUAUGGUCAACGCCGCCUUCCGUUUGAGCCCCGUCGACAUUGGAUUCAUGCACUCACAGGAGAAUAACCAAGCAGAGGAGCUAUCUUGGCGCUUGCAGCACACUCAUGUUGAUGCGGAGUCUCUUCCACAGACUGUUGCUGGAGUUCAGGAGGGGAGCGUCGCAUCUUUCCCUCUGAAGCUGCGCCAUGCCGAUACCUACACCGGCGAACGCGUCGCACUUGUCGGUGAUGCGGCGCAUACUAUUCACCCCUUAGCUGGUCAAGGCUUGAAUCAGGGUCAAGGGGAUGCCCAGAGCCUAGCCAAAACCAUUGAGUAUGCUGUCUCUCAUGGUCAGGACCUCGGCACUCAGCUGUCUCUCGAGCCUUAUAACAGCGAGCGCUAUGCUGCCAAUCAUGUCAUUCUGAACGUUUGCGAUAAGCUUCAUAAACUCUACUCUGUCGAGAGUGGUCCUCUUGUGCCGCUUCGUUCGGUUGGUCUUCGGGCUGUCAAUACUCUCGGCCCCCUAAAGAAUUUCUUCAUGGAGCAGGCUUCUGGGACUGGUACUAAGCUUUUGUAG